CCUCCAUUUCCAUCUUUUCAAAUGAUAUAUUUUGCCGCCCGACGGUUGAACAACCUUCUUUCAUCCGCUAUGUCUGACUUUUCAUUGGAAAGAACCGUUGCUAUUCGUGCCGUUUUGCAAGCUAGCAAAGUGUGCCAGUCUGUCUUUAACCACCUUGUCGCCAAUGAGACUUUGACAAAGAACGACAAAUCUCCUGUCACUGUGGCCGACUUUUCUGCACAGGCUAUUGUCAACACUUACCUCGAAAAGGCUUUCCCUCAGGACCCUAUCGUCGGUGAGGAAGACUCCAAGGAUUUGCGCGGUGAUUCGGGCAAGGUACUCAGAGAAAAGGUUCACUCAUUGACCAAUGGCGUUUUGAGCGCGGACGAACAAUUAAGUGAAGACGCUAUUUUGAAAGCUAUUGAUCGUGGAAAUUAUGUUGGUGGACCAUCCGGCCGUCAUUGGGCUUUGGAUCCCAUUGAUGGUACCAAGGGCUUCCUUCGAGGUGGUCAAUACGCUGUAUGCUUGGCUUUGAUCGUUGAUGGUGUGGUUCAACUUGGUGUUAUGGGUUGCCCCAAUCUUCCCGUCGAUGCAUCACAACCGGAAGGAGAACGCGGCUCUUUAUUCAUUGCUGUUCGUGGCCAAGGUGCUUUCCAGCGAUCUUUCUCCGACCCUCAGGAAACACCUAUCCGCUUCAAGGAGAUCACUUCCACAAAAGAUGCUUCGUUCUGUGAAUCAGUAGAAGCUGGCCAUUCAUCGCAUGGAGAUGCUGCGGAAAUUGCAAAGUGCCUGGAAAUCACCCGUCCCGCUGUAAGAAUGGAUAGCCAAGCCAAGUAUUGCUCCAUUGCACGUGGUGAUGCCGAUAUCUAUCUGCGUUUGCCUACCAGUGCGACCUAUGUAGAAAAGAUCUGGGAUCAUGCUUCGGGUAAUGUGUUGAUUACUGAGGCGGGAGGAAAAGUCACCGAUAUCCACGGACAACCAUUGGACUUUUCCAUCGGUCGUACAUUAGAAAAGAACAAGGGCGUAGUGGCUGCCAAUGCUUCUAUCCAUGAUCAAGUGCUUAAAGCUGUUCAAAAAGUUCUGCUUAAACAAUAAUGAAAUAAAAAUGUUCAGGGUAUGCGGACAGAAAAAAAUAAUUGGACUUUUAUACGAAUGAUUAUUUGUUGCAAAGUGUUGCAAAAUUGAGAUUGAAA